CUGCAGGUAGCCAUAACGCCAGACAGAGACAUGCAGCAGAGACCCCCUCCGGUGCCCAAGCUGGCCUGGGUGAAGGAGGAGGAGAAGGAGGAAAGCCCUGGGGCUGCUCCAGCACAGCAGCCUGAAGAGGUGCAGCAGGUGCAGCCCCCGCAGGAGGAUGCAGGCCAGGAGCGGACAGAAGAGCAGCUCCGUGCCCGUGGCCGCUUCCGCAGGGCAGCACAGACAUUUAUGAAAUUCAUGCGCAGUCGGCGUAGACAGUCCAGGAUCACACCAGCUGAUGUCCAGGCCCAGUCUGACACCAUCCCGACCCAGCUGAAGGCAAAGCCUGAUGUCAGCACUGCGUCGACUGCUGUCCCAGCAAAGUGUGACACCUCAGCCAGUGAUCACACAACCCACUGGGACACCACAUCGAGCGAUGCCGUGUCACACUGUGACUCUGAGCUGCCUGAGCUCAUGGAGGAGGUCGAUGAAACAACAAUGGAGGGCGUGGAGAGCACUGACGCCACUCCUGUUCAGCACCUGGCCGAUACCCCCAGCCUGGAGUUUCUUGAGGAGAGAGCUGUCUCUGCUGAAGUAGCCAUAACGCCAGACAGAGACAUGCAGCAGAGACCCCCUCCGGUGCCCAAGCUGGCCUGG